AUGACAGAGAUUGCCCGAUCGAAAGAUGGAGUGCCUAUCUGGAAUGGCGAAGCAGGGACGUUCCAGGAGUUCGAGGAAACGGCCCUGAUAUGGGAGCAGUCUAUUGCUCUCAACAAGCGAUACCUCUGCGGCCCAAAGCUCCUGGCGGAGCUGACCGGAGCCGCAAAACGGCUUGUCGCGGGGAAGCGACAUGACUGGGUGUCGCACAACGGGGGAGUGCAAGAUCUUAUGAAGCACCUGCGAGCUUGUUUGGGGAAGCCAAUGGUGUCUGAUUUGACCGAGCACCUGAACAGAUAUUUCAAAAGUUCGAGGAGACGGCCCAAUGAGAGCAUGAACGAUUAUAUCACUCGGAAAUGUGAGGUGUAUCUUCGUGCAUGCCAAGCUCUACAGCGAGUCAUACCACAUCAUGAGACGACAGGACCGACCUCGACUACCGGGACCAACCGAGGCCUUCAGAGCCGGCGAUCCAGCUGGGACUCAGCAGGAGUCGCCCCCACAGAGGCCGCUCCGGAGGUUCAGGCCGCAGCACCUGUGAGCGCCACAGGAGCGGCCGAUGAUGAUGAUGAGGAGCAUGAAACAUCGGAGCAGGGCCCGGAUGCUUGGAGCAGCUAUAACUGGCAGUGGCGAGGCAGUCAGAACUGGUGGUGUGGAAGCUACGGGGGCUACGGCAACUACCAAGGCAGUUGGGCCAACUACGGGGAUCGAGAUGCAGGGUGGUCGCCACCAGACCACUGGAGACCCUCUCGAGAGGCCCCUACCACCACGAUGCCAGAGCUGCUACCAGAUUUUGUUCAGGGAUGGUACCUGCUGCAAGACUCCGGUCUGGACCAGAGCGAGCGCAACGUGAUCAUGGCGGCUUUGGGAGGAGAGUUCACUCUCCAAAGAGUCGCCCAGGAGCUACGGACGCAAUGGUCCGGGCAGGAAGCAGCGCGACGCAGAGAGCAAGGAGGCCGCCAGAGCGGCUUCCUAGGCGACGCCGCCGCAGAUGAGCCAGACCAAGAAGCAAGUGACCUCAUUGCCGAGGAGUUCGACAACGAGCUCGACGAGGAGGGGUACGCGAUGGUGGCCGAGGCAGAGGAGGAUGCCCAGAGUGCCAUGGCAGCCAUGGACCAAGCGAAGCGGACACUAAGGGCUGCCCGAGCCCGCCAGCACAACGUCCGCAUGUCACGGCAGUACUAUCGCGCCUCAGGCAAAGGCUUCUCUGGAGGAGGCCGCGGCAAGGGCGGUACAGUACCCGAUGAUAGCAAGAUGACGUGCAUGCGAUGUGGAAAGCAGGGGCAUCGCAUUGCAAACUGCCCCCAGCCUCCACCCAGUGCCAAGGUGGCAGAACAGGUGGAGGCCACUUCGUCAUUCAUCUGCUUCAACGACGUGGAGAAUGAGGCAGCUUACGUGGCCGGGAUCACUACGGCAGAAGCCGUUCACCAAGGGAAGGCCGUGAUCGACGGCGGGGCCACUCGUACGUUGGCCUCGAUCUCGGCCAUGGAAGCCAUCAUGGCCCUCAACCAAUCCAAGCAUGGCCACAACGGCGUGGCCGCAGUCGACCUGAAGGAGAGGCCGGUGUUCGGAUUCGGAAACGGCUCGGAGAAUCAAUGCGCGUCAACAGUUCAGUUGAAGAUCGCCGCGAACAGUGCGCCGGGAGUCCUGAAGGUCCAUUGCUUGGAUCAUGGGAGUGGCCCCCUGCUUUUGAGCGUGGACUCAUUGAGGAAGCUGGGCGCCAUUGUCGAUUUUGCUGAGGACCUAGUUUGUUUUCGUAGUUUGGAUGCUAAUCAGGUGAUACAAGUCGAAAGGUCUGCCACAGGACACCAGUUGCUACCGAUGACCGACGACUUGAUGAAGCAGGCGAAGGCCACGAAGCUGGCCAUCCCGAGCCUGCGCGAGUACCUGGCUGAAGAGGGCUAG